AUGCUAGAAUUUCGCACCCAGGGCUUCCAAGGCUAUGCGGUCAAAUACUCGCCAUUCUUCGACAACCGAAUAGCCGUCGCGGCAUCGGCAAACUAUGGGUUGGUGGGAAAUGGACGUCUCUACGUGUUGGAGUUGACACCGCAAGGAAUCCAGCCGCUGAAAAGUUAUCCCACACAGGACGCCCUCUACGAUGUAACACACUCGGAGGCGCAUUCUUUCCACGUCCUCACGUCGUCCGGAGACGGCUCAUUACGACUUUACGACACCUCGUUGGCACCCGAGUUCCCCAUCGCCACGUUCCAAGAACACUCGCGCGAAGCAUUCUCAUGCAGCUGGAAUUUGACGUCCAAGGCGACUUUUGCGUCCUCGUCGUGGGAUGGGACGGUCAAGAUAUGGAAUCCCGAACGACAGCAGAGCCUCUUGACAUUGCCGACACAUUCAUGUACCUACAGUGCGCAGUGGAGUCCACAUACGGACGGGAUGCUUAGCGCGGUGUGUUCGGAUAGCCAUUUGCGCGUUUGGGAUCUGAGAACGCCCGCCAGCGCAAGCAAUCAUCUGACAUUGCAAAUCCCCAUCCACGCGGCACCUCUGUCGGUCGGCGUGGGGAAACUGCAACCUACUUUCCCACCAGCAGAGGCGUUGACGCAUGACUGGAACAAGUAUCGACCCACCAUCAUAGCGACGGCGGGCGUGGACCGGAUCAUUCGCACGUUCGACCUACGGCAGCCAAAGGGGCCGUUGCAGAUGCUACAGGGUCACGGAUAUGCCGUGCGCAAAGUCGCCUGGAGCCCUCAUCUGCCAGAUUUACUGCUGAGCGCCAGUUACGACAUGACCUGUCGGGUGUGGACAGACGGUGGUGAACAAGGCGGACCGGCCAGAGAGCUUGGGAGCAUGGGGCGACAUACCGAGUUUGCUACCGGGGUGGAUUGGUGUCUGUUUGGCAGUGAGGGCUGGGCCGCCAGUUGCGGCUGGGAUGAACGGGUGUGCGUGUGGGAUGUACGAGCCUUCAUGCGUCCGUGA